CGUAACCAAACCAUAUUCCUCGGCACAACUACGUAAUAAUAGUGGGAGUAUAGUACCUUCCGGUUUGACCAUCUUUGCUUGUAAAACUUAACUAUAACUACUUCAAUUGCCCACUCGAUGAAGCGAAAGGUCUGCCAGGAGUCUUCAGCUUUCAACUUCAAAGAAGCCAUCGUACACAUCCCUCAUUAGGCACUACUCCGAUCACUCUUUUGAUUGACUGUCGAUUCGAAGCUUAAGAGAAUGGCUCCCAAGAUUUUCCUGACCGGUGCCACUGGUUUCAUCGGCGGCGAUGCCCUCUACUCCCUAGUGAAAGCUCACCCAGACUACGAGUUCACUCUACUCGUACGAAACGAGGAGCGGGGCAAACCAGUCGCCGCUGCCUACCCCAAGGCACGGCUUGUCUACGGCAGCUUAGAUGAUACCAAUAUCAUCGAGAAGGAGGCCGCUGCGGCAGACAUCGUCAUUCACACGGCUGAUUCAGCCGACAACGAACCGUCUGCAACCGCGAUCGCCAAGGGUCUUGCGGCAGGGCAUACGGCAGAGAAACCGGGGUACUGGAUCCAUCUAUGUGGAACCGGUAUUCUGACUUGGUACGACACCGAAAACAAGCGCUACGGACAGGCGCCUCUUCCGGAGCAGAAAUACCACGAUAUCGAUGACAUCGAUCGCAUCGUGUCGCUACCAGACACCGCGAUACACCGCAACAUCGAUAAGAUCGUACUUGGCGCCAACUCCCCCUCCGUCAAAGCCCUGAUUGUCGGACCUCCCACCAUCUACGGACAAGGCCGAGGACCAUUGAACACGCGCAGCAUCCAGGUUCCCUCGCUGAUCGAGCGCACAAUCCAGGACGGGUACGCGCCAAUCCAAGCACCCGGGCUAACGGAGUGGGACAACGUGCACAUUCACGAUCUCGGCGACUUCUUCGUGCUAGCGGUGGACGCGGCGCUAGACCCCUCCAAGAACAGCAACCCGGAGAUCUUCGGACCCAAGGCGUACUUCUUCCUCGAGAACGGCGUGCACCGGUGGGCCGAUGUGUCGAGGGCAAUUGCGCUCGAGACCGCGAGGCAGAAGCUCAUUCCUGAACCUAUUGCUAAGGAGGUCGAUUUGCCGAACUUUGGGACGAACUCGAAGAGUGUGGCUGCUAGGGCGAGGAAGUAUCUCGGUUGGACACCCAAGGGUCCGAGUUUGCCCGAUACACUCCCUGCGACGGUGACUUUUGAGGCGAAGAAGCUUGGUAAGGCUUAAAUUUUGAGCCGAGGAAAGGUUGCGUUAUUGGUAACUAUCUGUGUCUUACGUGUUAGCAGCAUGUGUAAAGCGACCUAGAAAAAUUGUGGAUGGGGCAUGAUAGUGCUAGGCUGUAGGCACAUCAGGGCACGUUCCGUAGCCAACUAGCUUAUUUUGCUGAAUUUAAUAUUCCAAUUUAUCGUGAA